AUGACUUCCAAAGACCAGGGUACCGGGCCCAACACUCCCGGCAGUGAUUAUGGCUUUCCGAAACCACAGUUUCCUGGGCUUUCUGAUAGACCAGGUCCGCCGAGUAUCAUUUCUUCGCGUAUGACCGAUAUUGCGUCCGACGAUGGAGGGGAAGCCUCGGCUCAUGCCCUCUCCGAAAACCCACGCAGGAGGAGUGGCAUGGCGUCCGAUACAUUGUCGCGGCCAGGCACAGCGAAAACGGGAUUGUCUGGAUCUCGCGAAGGCUGGCGACGAGGGCCACCUCCGCGACUGAACUACAUAACGAGUCUACAAGAGAAAAGACGAAGCACUGGCGCGGGUAGUACCGCCGGCUCUAUCAGCACUCGGCCACCAAGUUCCGCAAGUCGCAGCCAUGUCCCUUCUCUCACGUCUUCGGCCUUUUUCCGUCCCAUGAGUUCGCAGAAGUUGCAGGCGCAGCGUGGCGGAGGCUCCCGUCCUGCGACACAAAAUCGACAACAACCGACGAUAGAGGACGCUCAGCCUACAGAUCAGAGUCCUAGCGCUGCCGCUGCCGCCGCUGUGGCAAGUGGUGGGCCGAAUGCUCGGCAUAGCAUCAUCUCCAAUCCGAUUUCAAACCCAGUUGCCCGCCUUCAAAGACAACUCAGUGUCGAUGGUGACGGACGCCCACCUCCGUCUCGGGGGACCGAAUACACCGACCAGGGCACCUACGACCGGAUUACCGCAAAUACUAGCCCUACACAGGGCCACCAUCCGGCUGGCAGCAUGUCGGAGAGUGUUACACCGAUUUAUCGACAGCAUCGCAACAGUCGAAACCUGAGCGUCAACAUCGACAGAGGCUUCAGGGACCGCGGCAACCAGCCCAGUCCCGCCAAGUCUCCGCGGUCCUUCCGCUCGAGCUUCCUGCUCCCCGGAAGAAGCGACGGCGAACAAAACAAGUCAAACCGAAGCCUGCCAGGUGCUGAGAAACUCUCAUCGACUGCCUCAACCCCGCGCCUGAACCCAGAUGAUCCUUCGAGGCCUGCUGACAGGCACAACCUGAAGAGCUCCAAGACCAACUUAGGCUAUGUCUUCCAGUACUUUGAGGGCAACACUGUCUUUUGCAUUGGUGGCCGGUUCCAGAACACCAAGCAUAGGCCCGUGAAUGUAGCUACAGGCUUGUUCAUCAUCAUACCCGCUGUCCUCUUCUUCGCCUUCUCCGCACCUUGGAUAUGGCACAACAUUAGCCCCGCCGUUCCGAUCACCUUCGCAUAUCUCUUUUACAUAUGCAUCUCCUCCUUCUUCCAUGCCUCUCUUUCUGAUCCUGGCAUUUUGCCUCGAAAUCUCCACGCCUUCCCCCCCGCAGAACCUACCGAAGACCCCCUCCGACUCGGCCCUCCCACAAAUGACUGGACUCUCAUCAAGUCCGCCGAAUCAUCAACAGCAGCCAUGGAAGUCCCCGUCAAACAUUGCAGAACUUGCAAUAUAUGGCGGCCUCCCCGUGCUCACCACUGCCGCCUUUGCGACAACUGCAUCGAAACCCACGACCACCACUGCGUCUGGCUCAACAACUGUGUUGGCCGACGUAACUACCGAUAUUUCUUUGCCUUCGUGUCAUCAGCCACAUUCCUCUCACUCUACCUUCUCGGCGCCUCUCUGGCCCAUAUCCUCAUCCACAUGAACCGUUCCGGUAUUUCCUUUGGCAAGUCCAUCGACGACUUCCGUGUCCCCUUUGCGAUGGCCAUUUACGGCUUUAUUUCAUUCCUGUACCCGGCUGCCCUCAUGGGCUACCACAUCUUCCUCAUGGCACGUGGCGAGACAACUAGAGAGUACAUCAACUCCCACAAGUUCAUCAAGAAGGAGCGUUUUCGGGCUUUUACCCAAGGAAGCAUCCUUAAGAACUGGAUUGUCGUUCUCUGCCGACCUAGAACUCCUACCUAUUACCAAUUCAAGAAGAGAUACCAAGGUGGCGAUCAGCGCCUUGGAACUUUCCGAGAUCAGCCCAAGUCUGAUGUUCAGGGUAUGGAGAUGCAGAACGUCAAGCCAUCGGCCGGCUUUCAAGGCCCAGUUUCUUUACGCAACGAAGCAAACACUUCUACGACUUAA